GAAAAAAAUACUUGUCAACAAGAAAAAUGUUUAAUUUUUCAGAUAACGAUAUGUUUGCGAGACGAUGUGUUUGGGUAAAUGGCCCUGUUAUUGUUGGUGCUGGUCCAUCAGGAUUAGCUGUUGGAGCUUGUUUGAAAGAACAAGGUGUCCCUUGUGUUAUAUUGGAACGAUCUGAUUGUAUUGCUUCUUUAUGGCAAAAAAGAACUUACGAUCGAUUAAAGCUUCACCUACCUAAACAAUUUUGUCAAUUGCCCAAAUUCCCAUUUCCAGAACAUUACCCUGAGUAUCCUUCUAAGAGACAAUUCAUCGAAUAUCUUGAGUCCUAUGCUACUCAAUUUGAUUUAAGUCCACAAUUUAAUGAAUGUGUGCAAUCUGCUAAGUACGAUGAGUUUUGUCGAUUAUGGAGGGUGAAAACUGUUUCAGCUGAUGGGGUGGAAGUUGAGUAUAUUUGUCAAUGGCUUGUUGUUGCUACUGGGGAGAAUGCCGAGAGAGUUGUGCCUGAAAUUGAUGGAUUGAAGGAGUUUGGUGGUGAAGUGAUUCAUGCUUGUGAUUAUAAGUCUGGUGAGAAAUUCAGGGGAAAGAAAGUUGUCGUUGUUGGUUGUGGAAAUUCCGGGAUGGAAGUAUCACUUGAUCUUUGUAACCAUGAUGCUCAACCAUCAAUGGUCUGUCGUAGUGCGGUUCAUGUUUUGCCAAGAGAGAUAUUUGGAAAAUCAACAUUUGAGCUAGCUAUGUUGUUGAUGACAUGGCUACCACUUUGGCUAGUUGACAAGAUUUUACUCAUUUUGACAUGGUUUAUUCUUGGUGACAUUGAGAAAUAUGGACUAAAAAGGCCAUCAAUUGGACCAUUACAACUCAAGAACAGUCAAGGGAAAACCCCUGUUCUUGACAUUGGUGCUUUGGAAAAAAUUAGAGCUGGGAAAGUUAAAGUUGUUCCUGGAAUCAAGAAGUUUUCAUGUGGCACCGUUGAACUCGUCACUGGUGAAAAACUUGAAGUUGAUUCAGUUGUUCUUGCUACUGGCUACUGCAGCAAUGUUCCAUAUUGGCUACAGGAAAGUGAAUUUUUCUCCAAAAAUGGAUACCCAAAAGCACAAUUUCCAAAUAACUGGAAGGGAAAAUCUGGCUUAUAUGCAGUUGGAUUUACAAAGAGAGGGCUGGCUGGUGCUUCUGCUGAUGCUAUUAGAAUUGCUAAAGAUAUUGGCAAAGUACACAAAGAAGAUCUCAAGCAAAAGAAGCAAAAAGUUCCAACACACAGACGUUGCAUCUCAACCUUUUAAUUAAAAUUCAACCUAUGUUGCUCGGACUCUUCAAAAACGUCAACUCGUGCAUGUCAGAUUCUCCAAAAGUAGUGUACUAUUUUUGAAGAAUCUGAGACGAGUGCGGCAUCAAAAGUGAGGACAAAGAAGAAAAAUUUCCCUUCUUAUUUAACUUCGGGGGAAUAUUUAUUAAAAGAAAGAGAUGUAAAAUAAUUGUGUAAAAAAAAACAUAUAACAAAAAAAGCAGAAGAUGAUAACCAUAGGUUUGAGCCCUCUCCAAAAAGGCCCAAGUUUUGCUACAGUUUGGGCAUUUUGUAUUCAAGGAUGUAGAGGCUAUUUAGUUACCUCUUUUUCUUUUAUUUUGUAUUGACAUUUCAUAUAUACACACUUGUACAAUCACUACUGAUCAAUUCAUUUCAAUGACAUAUUCCUUUA